ACAUGUCAGGCUCCUCUCCUCGGUUCGUCUAGUCGUCUUCCUACUCUCCUCCGAUCUCCAAUUCUUAUCCAACCCAUGGUGCUUGGCUCCCCGGAAGUCGGGAUGGAGGAUUCGUCGGCGACUCACCUCUCCGACGAGGUGCAGGAUCCAGGUCGAGGAAGCUCAGAUGCUUCUGUUCGUACUUCUUUGCGAGAUUCGACAGGAAAGGAGGCUGUUGCGGCCGUUGAACCGGUGAGGGAGGAGCUGGUUCAGAGCGCGGUCGGUUUUCUGAAACACCCAAAGGUAGUGGCCUCUUCUGAUGUCCAGAGGCGUUCUUUCCUUGAGAAGAAAGGGCUCACCGUGGAUGAAAUCGAUGAGGCAUUUCGACGUUUACUUAGCCCAUCUUCAAACUCCAUGAGUCCAAAUUAUUGCACAUAUCAAGGGGUAUCUGAUCAUUCUUCAAAAAUCACACAGGAGAAUCCUUCAACAGUUACAAAAUGUAUGGAUGAUGAUUCAGGGAGACCUGAGCCUGAAACUGAAUCUGUGGAUCCUGUGGUGCCUCGCCACCCAAAAUCAUAUAUGGAGAUCAUGGAAAUGAUACAAAGGGGAGAGCGGCCAGAUGAUAUACAGGACAUUAAUGAUGACCCUCCAAACCCUUAUCAACCAAUCUCGGAAUCCCGCAUGGCACCAAAGCCCAAGCCAUGGGAAAAGCAGGGUCAAGAAAGUUCCAUCUGGGAGUUGAAAUCUCAGUCAAUGGACACCAUCGAAUCGAGAUCAGAAAUUCAACUUGACAGCGCCAACCAAUUUACUGAAACGGAGAAUAGAUCAAAUCAAGGGGACUCACUAUUGCUGGAAGAAACGGUUGCAGGUUCUGAAGCUCACACAGAUGAUGCUGCCUCGACAAAGUCGUAAAUGCAAAAGCACGUGAUGAUGGAAUUGAACAUGCUGGGAAACUAUUUCAACAUAUACUUAGCCAAAAAGCUCGAAUUUCUAGUGCAACAGUUUUCUGAAAUUCUCUGAACCUGCUUUCUCUGAGCUCACUGAUCUGCGUACUUCCCUAUUGUUGGAAUCAGAUUUAGCAGGCACAAAAGACCUCCCAAUUUUCGUUAGCUGGAACAGUUAUACAAUCUGUAUAAUGUAAUCAUGAAAAAUAUACAAACAACAACAUGAAAUGUUGUGACUUGUGAGGCUCAUGUCAUGUCUGAAGUCUGAACCCUUGCAUCUGUAACAGACAAGCAAAGAUUGCUUGAUUGGCUAGAAAUAGAAUUGUUGAAUCUGAGGAAA